AUGAUGAGCGAGUCGAGUGUAUUGGGAAGUGUGACGGGAGAUAAAUCAUCAUCUUCAGCUGUCGUUUACACACCACCAAACUCUGUUGCUGUCUCUCCAUCUGUAUCGCCUGCCCCUGCCCCUGUUCCUGUUCCUGUCGCUGUCCCUAUCCCUGCGUCUGCCCCCGUUGCAAAAGCAAUAACACCACCAACAACAACAAGAGCAGCAGCAGUAUCAUCAGCAGCAGAUGCUGUUGCCUCAGCGCCUGCACCGUCUAACCAUAGAGAAAAGCAGGGAACUGAGGCUGCGGUUGCAGCUAGUGUGCGUGGAACGGUAGAGUACCGUGCUGCAUGGGAUGUUGAGUUAUGGAAGGCUGUCCAGGCAGCUCGACUCCAACGUCAGUUAGAGGAACAAAAGAAAAAAGCUCUCGCGGCACUCGCAAAGUUUGUGAAAACAAAAGAGCAGCAUGCUGUGGCAAACUGCGAGAUAAAGGAGCGUGACCUUGUCCGUAGAGAACAGCGGGUGGCGGAAGAAGAAAAACAAAUAGAGCGGCGAAAGUGGCGAUUAACGGAGAUGGAGAAGGAUCUUCGUCAGUUACGACAACAGCUCGCGGACGCGCGGCGGCGUGCGGAGGAGGACGCGAUGGUGGAAGUGCAGCGCGCGAAGGAGGACGCCGCGCACACUGUCGCUCUGCAGCAGCAACGCGUGCAGGCCGCCGAGGCACAAACCCAACGGGCGGAGGAGCGACUGCAGCAGGCGCAGCGGGACUACUUGGCGCUCUCGGAGGAGUUCCAUCGGUUUCGCACACGCGGACUCACAGCGCCGCCGGAGAGUAUUACAAGUGUGGAGAGCCGCCUUCGUGCGGAGUUUGCGGUGGAGCAGCAGGCGCUGCAGGACCGACUGGAGCGGCGCCACAAGGAGAAUGAACAUCAAUUACUGCAGCGCUGCCGUGAGUUGGAGGAGGAGAAUAAACGCCUCACGGCAUUGGCCACAAAGCGUAGAGAACAGCUGCGGCGCACCACAGAUGAUUUGGCACACUUGAAACUGGUGAACGGCGCUCUUGAGGAACAACUGCAGCGGCUGGGUACAACCGCAACCUCAGCAGCAGGAGCAACAGCAGCAGAAGAUAGUAAUGCAGCUUCUGGUGGAAAGAAGAAGCGAACGGCAGAGUUGAAAGAAGGGAAUGUGGUUCAACAGGCACAGUCUGUUCAUGUAUCUUCUCUCGUAAAAGAGAUCGAGCGUCUCCGUCGCGAACGGCGUACAAUUGUAGAAGACAGCGCAGGUGCAUUAGAUGAGGACAGUGAUGUAGUACGCUGUCUCGAUGCAAGGAUUAGUGACAUGGUGCGGGAGCUCCACGCACACAAUCAAGAAAUGCAACAGGUGGUUGGAUGA